AUGCGGGCCAAAUUCGAAUACGAGGUCUUUUACUCAAUUGAAGUGCAUAUGGGAACCCGCAACAUACUGAAAGCACUACACAUUAGUCCUUCGUUCUCGGACAACCCAGCGGCGAAUACGAAAACGAGCCGCGCACUCGAAUACUUUGAUUUCAUCCAGAUCUUCCCGGCCAACAAAACGCAACAUUUCUCGCACAUUCGGCAGACUAGUGGGGUUGCUUAUGAGGAUAUGCUUUUUCUCGAUGAUGAGGCAUUACAAGUUGUCUGGUUAGGGAUGGGAUGGAGGUUGAUGAGGUUGAUCGCGGGGUUUGGGCUUGGAGGAAGAGGAAUGUCUGGCCCCCCGAACGCUGGCCCUCCAGUCCAUACCAAGAACUGUCCUGGCAGCGGGUCCAUCGUUACCGCACCUAAUGGCAAAAACUACCAAGCCUACUGCAACGAAGGCAUGAGACAAGUCAAACCGAUCGGAAGCCCUGUUAAUUUGAACUCUUUGCAAGAAUAUGUCGAGCGUUGUAGUGUGACUAAAUCCCGCAUUGCAGCCCUUAAACACACGCUGGUGUUUGCCACAUACAUUUCUGGUGGCACACCUACCCCUGGCGUUUAUAACCAACAUGGUGACCUCUACUUUGGGGUGCUAUGA